CCUAUGCGUCACGCAGAUCUGGGACUUUUGAAUGUGUUAUCCUAUUGUUAUUUGCAUUAGUUAUUCAAGGUUUGAGUGGUAACUUCAUUCCUGACCGCUGUGUAAAGUGAAACCGCGACGGGCGACGUUUUCUAGGUGAAACUCGCGUAAUAAUGGCCUUCUCUAUAGUUCAUAGCCUCCUAACUAAAGAAGGCGAUGGUGCAAUGGACGGCAUUCUGGCAGUGACUAGUGCAGUGACGGAUGUGAAAGCGAGUGUUGAAGGCUUGCUUGAAGAAAAUCAUUAUGCGAAUGAAGUUCCGAUGGACUUGAAGCCUAUUAUUGAUCACGGACAUUAUGUGAAUGCACUUACGACGGACGUGAAGUCGUGUGUUGACCAUGGACAUUAUGCGAAUGAAUUUACGUCGGACGUGAAGGCGAGUGUUGAUCACAGUUAUUAUGCGAAUGAAGUUACGCCAUUUGUGGACGAGAAGCCGAGUUUUGAUGAUGUACUUCAUGCGGAUCAAACUGCGGCGGACGUGGAUCCGUGUGUUGAUCACGGACAUUAUGCGAAUAAAGUUACUGCGGACUUGAAGCCGAUUGUUGUUCACAGGCAUUAUGCGAAUGAAGUUACGGCAUUGGUCAAUGAGAAGCCGAGGGUUGAUGAUGGACAUGAUGCGAAUACCGUUACUGUCUGUGAAGGUUCCUUGCCUACAGCAUCUCGUGACCAGUACCAUCCACUCGUGUUUGUAGAAGAUGGACUGCAUUCCUGCCGGCAGUGUGCCUAUACGACCACGGAUAAAGGACACAUGAAUGUGCACCUUCGCCGGCACACAGGGGAGCGUCCCUUCCAGUGUCACCUUUGCCCGGCUACUUUCACUGUGAAAUUUCAUCUCACAGAGCACAUUCGCACCCAUACCGGAGAGCGUCCUUUCUCCUGCACGCUAUGCAAUGCAUCCUUUUCGCUGAAACGAAGCCUGACGGAACACUUGCGCACCCACACAGGAGAAUGUUCCUUUUGCUGUGUUCACUGCAGUAAAUCCUUUUCAAAGAAAUGUAACCUGAAGCAGCACAUGCGCACCCACAUGCCCAACCGCAUUAUAGAGCGACCCUUUUCUUGUGGCCAGUGCAAUGUAUCCUUCACAUCCAGAUUCCAAGUCAAGCAACAUAUCCGCACCCACACAGGAGAGCGUCCUUUCUCUUGUCUCUACUGCGAUGCAUCCUUUUCACGAAAGGGUAAUCUCAGGAGUCACGAGCGCAUCCACACAGGAGAGCGUCCAUUUUCCUGUGAUAAUUGUGAUGCAGCCUUUGCGCAGAGGCACAAACUCGUGCUGCACAUGCGCACCCACACAAGGCGAACGUCCCUUUUCCUGUGGUCACUGCGAUGCAUCCUUCUCAACCAGAAGCGACGUCAAGCGACAUAUGCGCACCCACACAGGUGAACGUCCCUUUUCUUGUGGCCACUGCGAUGCAUCCUUUUCACAGAAGCACAACCUCAGUAAUCACGUGCGCACCCACACAGGA